CUUUAUCUCUUAAUCCAACGGUCGAUGAAUAAAACCCAAAUUUGUCAAUAAUUAAUCUGCGACCCACAAAUAACCCAAAAACUAGCCGUUACGCAGGGCGUCCCAAACCUGAAACGUUCUUUUUUUCUUCUUCUUCUUCUUUGAUUUCUUCGUUUUCUUCUCAUUCAAUUCUUUCAUCACUCCAAACUUUCUCUCACUUUCUUGGAAUCCUCCAAUUCUCAAUUCUCAUCAAUCAAAAAGCAAAACCCAUUUUUUAUUUUCCAUUUUUAGUCUAUUUCUUGAAAGAUUUCUUCCUUUUUAUUUUCCCCAAUGGAGGUUGCUAAGAAUUCAAAACUUGGGACUCCUCUGAAAGACCCAGAUGGGAAUUCUCAAUCAAAAACCCAAAAGGUUUCAAAACUUUCUGAGAAUUCAAAUCCAAAUAUCUCUCAUUCAACUUCUCCAUUAACAAAAUCUUCAAAAUCCCAGAAGUGUUCUUCCAAGAACCCAGUUGUUUAUUCACCAAGAAACAAGCUUAGGGAAAGAAAGUUUGUGGUGGCUAAGAAGAACUUGAAGAAAGGAAGGUCUGAUUCGAACCCAUCGGUUGGGAUUGAUUGCAUAUGCAAAGAGAAGUUUGGUGGGAAUUUGAAGAAGUGUCUGUGUGUUGCUUAUGAGAAUUUGAGAGCAUCUCAAGAAGAAUUUUUUAAGAACAACGAAGCUGAAGAGGAGGUUGAAGAGAAAGGUGUUUUGAUCGAGAAUCUCCGGGAAGGGUAUGGAUCAGAUAAUCAAGAGAUUGAUCAGAUUGAAAACUCGAGUCAAACGGGUAAUUUUACUGUUAAGAGAAUGAGGGAUAAGUUGAUGGAAGAAGCAAGGAACAAUGUGCCUAAAUCUGGGAAAGUUUUGCAUUUGGUUAUGGCCUUUGAGAAGCUUCUUUCAAUACCGAAUUCAAAGGACUCAGAGAAGGAGGGAGAUGGUGAAAAGGAACCAAAAGAGGAGAAGAAUGAUAAUAACAAGAAGAAGCCAAAGAAAUGGGCAUUACCUGGAUUGCAACCGCCAAAGGUGACUGAGGCUGACUCUGAGAAUGAGGAUGAGACUAAGGAUUCUUCUUCUCCUUCAUUCUGUCCAUCAGAUUUUGUUUUGACUCCUGAGAAUCUUGGUUUGGAUCCCCGUUUCUCAGUUUCUUCUUCCUGGGAUAGCAGUCAAGGAAGUAUUCCAAGCAGGAUAUCUAAUGGAGGUAGAAGAAGCCGAAGAAAUAGUUCUGACUCUCUUGGGACAAUUGGUUGGAGGAGAAAGAAAAAGCAGCUCAAACCCACUUCCCAAAAACCAUUCAAGCUAAGAACCGAGCAAAGAGGUAAGGUGAAGGAAGAAGAAUUCAUGAAGAAGAUCCAGGAAAUGAUGGUGGAUGAAGAGAAGCAACGGAUCCCAAUUGCUCAAGGCCUCCCAUGGACAACAGAUGAACCGGAGGUCUUGAUCAAACCUCAUGUUAAAGAGUACACAAGACCAACAGACCUGCGACUCCACAGUGAUGUGCGAGCAGAGGAGCGCGCGGAGUUUGAUCAUCAGGUAGCUGAGAAGAUGAGUCUAAUAGAGCAAUAUAAAAUGGACAGGGAGAGACAACAAAAGAUGGCAGAAGAUGAAGAGAUUAAGAGGCUGAGAAAAGAGCUAAUUCCAAAAGCACAGCCUAUGCCCUACUUUGACAGGCCUUUUAUUCCUGGAAGGUCCUCAAAGAAUCCAACAAUACCAAGAGAGCCAAAGUUCCACAUUUCACAACAUAAGAAGACAAAGUGCUGCAGCAUAUCAUGGAAUGACAUGAGUACAUACACUUUGCAAGGCAAUGAAGCAAGAGAAGAAAUAAAAGUUAUGCAGUUCCUGUGAAGAUUUGUUGUACAUGAGCAACCAAUUUAGUUGCAAUUUUGCUUUUUCAUUAGUGGAAGAACAAUGGGUCUCGUUCUGUUUACUUCAAUACCUGAUAUUUCAUUAUUCAAUCUAUAUUUCAACUUUCUUUUGCCUCCACCAUAGGUCCUCUGGAAAGCACCUAGCCCUAGCCCUAGACCAAGGCUUCCCCUUCAACUAGAUCUCUAUGUCCCCAUGGAGGCAGCAGUCAUUUAAAUGUCCUACCAACCCCAUUUUAUCCACCACCCUUCAUGAGGUGUUUGUGUAUCCAUGCAGAUACACAGGCACGCACUGACACCAGUCAAACUUGUACAAGUUUGGGUUCCAUUCCACUGCUUGCCCUAAUCAAUGUAAUUAUAAAGUGAAAAUGUUAGGAUCUUGGGGUUCAUGUUAUAAAGUGAAAUGCUCAUUUGGUUCAUGCUCACCAGAAAACAUCUAAAGAAUUUAAGAUUUAAAUUUGCUUUUAAUCCUUUCUUCUAACUUCCAUCUCCUUUGUAAUAAAAUUAUGUUAAUAAUGGUAAGCCAUAAAAAAAGAAUGUUAGGAUCCAAGUGCCAGGUUAAGAGAACAGUCCA